GGGGCGAGGCGGAGGAGGAGGCGGCGGCAGAGACCAUGUCUUUCGGGAAGACAGCCACUGUACUGUAACAGCACCAGAGCUGCCGCCACAUAAACACACACGCCAAAAAAGCCCCACACCACCAAGAAGCUGGGGGCAGAUCCAGGGUGCUGGCAAGAUUCCGGAGGUCAGUGAAAUCGUGGACUUAUGAUGCUCCUUGGAGGAUUUUGUGUCCUGAUGUCUCUCUCCGUUAAUGUUGAUGAUGAUCUGUAAAACUGUCUAAAGGAAGAGCAUGGAGAUUGGCAUUCUGAACUAUUAGUGGGGACAUGGGACUCAUGUUGUCAUUGAUCAUUUGUGUGGAUUUAACCGUUGAAGAGCAACAGAAGCAGCUAGAAAGACAUCGAGAAUUAAAGCUGCUUUGAAGGUCACCAAAUCUUGUUUUAAUUUGUGUCUGGGAGAAUGUCUGAGCAAGGUAAAUUGAACCAGGAGACAGUGGAGGAAACUGCCAAAGAGCAGGAGUCUGCCAUCUCUGAUGCGACCCCAGAGAACUGCAUCAUUAAUAAAACGGAAAGCUUGGAAGCAGAGGAAAAGGAGGAGAAGCUGAGUGAUGCCAAGACGGACCUCCAGAAACGAGGUGUAAACCAGAACCAGCAGAAAAAGAGAUCCAAGUCAGGAGCUAAGGGGAAACUGGUCCGGAGUCUUGCUGUGUGCGAAGAAUCAUCCCCUCGACUGGGAGCAGAAGGUCUUCAUGAUAAUCAGGAAUCAAUACAACUACAGCUUUCGAGCUUCCCCAGUCUACAAGAAGAAGAUAAAUCUAGUAAAGAUGACUCUGAGAAAGAAAAAGAGAAGGAUAAAAACAAAGAAAAAGAUAAAAACUGUGAAAAAUCCAAGACCAGAAUGUUAUCGAAAGAUUGCAGCCAAGAAUAUACCGAUUCAACAGGCAUAGAUUUGCAUGAAUUUCUGGUGAACACAUUAAAGAAUAAUCCCAGGGACAGAAUGAUACUCUUAAAAAUGGAACAGGAAAUUAUAGAUUUUAUUAGUGACAACAAUAAUCACUAUAAAAAGUUCCCUCAGAUGUCAUCGUAUCAGAGGAUGUUAGUGCACAGAGUGGCAGCUUAUUUUGGAAUGGAUCACAAUGUAGAUCAAACUGGAAAAUCUGUAAUUAUCAACAAGACCAGCAAUACUAGAAUACCAGAGCAAAGGUUUUCUGAACAUUUAAAAGAUGAAAAAGGUGAAGAAUCCCAGAAGCGAUUUAUCUUGAAGCGAGAUAACUCUAGUAUUGAUAAAGAAGACAAUCAGCAAAACAGAAUUCAUCCAUUUAGAGAUGACAGACGAAGUAAAUCAAUUGAAGAGAGAGAAGAGGAGUAUCAGAGAGUGAGGGAGAGAAUAUUUGCACAAGAUUCAGUUUGCUCCCAGGAAAACCUUUUUGUGGAAAACAGUAGGCUCUUGGAAGACAACAGUAUAUGCAAUGACACCCAUAAGAAAAGACAGCUAUUUAGGGGUAACAGAGAUAGCACAGGGAAGGCAUCUGGCAGCCGGCAAAGCAGUACAGAGAACGAAAUGAAAUGGACAGACCACCAGAGGCCAUGGAGCAGCACAGAUUCAGACAGCUCCAAUCGCAAUUUAAAGCCAGCCAUAACAAAGACAGCAAGUUUUGGUGGAAUAACUGUUCUGACAAGAGGAGAUAGCUCAUCAAGUAACAGGAGUACCGGCAAACUGUCUAAAACAGGUUCAGAGUCUUCCAGCAGCGCUGGCUCCUCAGGAUCACUGUCACGAACACAUCAGCCUCUCCAAAGUGCAUCCAUUGUCCCUGGAGUGACAGCCAGCCCUUCAGGCAAUGUUUCAUAUACAGAGAAUGGGAUGAAUGGCCAGGUAGCACCAAGCAACACCAGCUAUAUCAUACUUCCACUUGAAGCUGCAGGGAUACCACCUGGCAGUAUCCUCCUCAAUCCACACACAGGCCAACCGUUUGUAAAUCCUGAUGGUACACCUGCAAUAUACAACCCUCCCAGCGGCCAGCAGCCAAUUAGGAGCCAGCUUGUGGGACAGUCUCAGCAGCAGCCUUCAUCCCAACAGCAGCAGCAAGUGCAACAACCACAGCAACAAAUGGCAAGUCACCUUGUCACACAGCCUGUUCAGGCUUUGCAGCCAUCUUCCCAGUCAGUCCAAUAUCCAGCAGUUUCUUAUCCACCCCAGCAUCUCCUGCCAGUCUCUCCAACGCAGCAGUUUCCUGUGCGAGAUGACAUGACAACACAAUUUAGCCAGAUGAGUUUAAGUCGUCAGUCAUCAGGAGACAACCCCGAGUCACCUUCUGGUCCUGUCUACCCAUCACCUAUUAUACAGCCAUCUGGCCAGCAGACUGGUUAUGUCAUGGCAUCCCCAAGUCAGCAGCUUCCCCCAGGAAGUUUUACAGGUUCAGGUCCACCAGUAUCCCAACAAGUACUGCAGCCUCCACCACCACCCCAGGGCUACGUACAGCAACCACCACCUGCUCAGAUGCCAGUGUAUUACUACCCAUCUGGUCAAUACCCUACCUCAGCAACUCAGCAGUAUAGACCCAUUGCCUCAGUUCAGUACAAUGCACAGCGGAGUCAACAAAUACCCCAGACUGCACAGCAAGCAGGUUAUCAGCCUGUCUUGACUAAUCAGCAACAAGGGUUCCAAGGACUCAUGGGAAUGCAGCAACCUCCCCAAAGUCAGAACCUGAUGAAUAAUCAGCAGGGAAAUCAGGUGCAAGGCAUGAUGGUUCAGUAUCCAGCCAUGUCGUCUUAUCAGGUGCCAAUGACGCAGGGUUCUCAAGGACUGCCACAACAAUCAUAUCAACAACCAAUCAUGCUACCUAAUCAAUCAGGUCAAGGAACAAUUACAGCCACUGGAAUGCCUGUUUACUGUAAUGUCAUACCUCCCACCCCACAGAACAACUUAAGGUUGAUUGCCCCACACUGCCCCUCCAAUAACGUUCCAGUUAUCACUGCCAGCUGCAGGACAAACUGUGCAAGUAUUAACAAUCCAGGGUGGCAGAUCAAGUACUGAUACUGCGGCUUAGUGUGGAUAUACAAGGAUAGCGGUGCAUUAUUUGACAAAUAACUCAUGGCCUUCAAAUGAAGAGGAGCACAACAGGAUAAUCAGUUGGGGACAUAAGUAUUGACAGUGCUCAAGUGAUUGCUGCUGGAAUUCUGUAAAAAAACUUAAAUUAAAAAGAUGUUUGCUGGUUAAUGGUGCAUAUUUUGUCAUGUCUGCUAGGUAUGCCUUUAUAGCUUAGCUAGUGACAUGAAUUCAUUGAGGUAAGAUUUUUUCCUACCACUGAACACCACUGUGUAGAUUGUAAUAUCCCUGAUUCGGAUUAGUUUUGUACUUUGUGUUGAGUUUGUGAAGCUAAAAGUAUUUAAAAAAAAUAUAUAAUAAAAUCACAUUGUACCAAAGCUGUAAUGGAAAUUUGAAAAAACAAAAAAAGAAUUGCUGAAUGGAAGGAAUAAUUUAUAUACACUAUAGAGUUUUUUU